AUGGAGCCCGUGUCGCUGCAGGACUUCGUGCGCGCCCUGGACCCCGCUUCCCUCCCGCGAGUGCUGCGGGUCUGCUCCGGGGUUUAUUUCCAGAGCUCCAUCUACGAGAUCUGUGGGAAUGAGUGCUGCCUGUCCACAGGGGACCUGAUCAAAGUCACCCAGGUUCACUUGCAGAAAGUCAUCUGUAAGAAUCCAGGAACUGGACAGACUUUGGAGCUCGCUCUCAACUUCCAGGGCUCCUUCAUCCCUCUCACUGGCUCCCAGAGCUAUGGAAGCCUGGAAGAGCUGGUCUCAGCUGCCACUUUGAACUCCAAGAAGCUGCCUCUCUACUUCAUGUUAAACUGCAACAUCACGGUGAAGAAUAAAAUGGUGCCUGCAGGCCAGAUGCUCACGCUGGAGGCAGUGAACGAGAGCUCUGAAGUCCGCUCUGCACGCUGUGUGCAAUACUCGGGGCAGCAGAGGAUGGAGCUGCAUCUCCCCCUGUCCCAAAAGGGGCUUUUCUGGGAGUGGGAGUCAGGACCCCCGUGUACCUUGCUCCAAGCCCUGAAGGUUGCAGUGCCUAAAGAAUGUCUCUUCACCUGCCCCAGUCUCCUCUGGAAUUCACUGCUCCUGCUGCCCCAGUUCGAACUGGAGGCCAUCAUGCAGAUGCGCAGGACCAUGGUGAAGAUCCCUUCCACCCUGGAGAUCGACGUAGAGGAUGUCACGGACUCCUCUCAGCACAUCUACUUCAUCAAACCUCUGAUGCUGAGUGAGAUCCUGGACCGCGGGGGCCCCUUCCCCCUGUCCACGGAGAUUCUGGAGCGACUGAGUGACCAGGUUGGGGAGGAGGAAGAAGAAGAGGUGGAGGAACCAGAGCGGAUCUUGCUGCCUCUCUACUUCCCGGGGCCCUUCGUGGAGGAGAUGAGUGAUGGUCGACGCUACAGCCUGGCUGAGCUCACCACCCUGUUCCCACUGCCCAGUGAGGUCAAGGUGGUGGCAAAGGAUGCUGGCUACCCUGAUGACCCUCUGCCCUCCUUCCUGGGCCUGCGGCUGGAGGAGAAGAUCACAGAACCCUUCCUGGUGGUCAGCCUGGACUCUGAGCCCAGCAUGUGUUUCGAGAUCCCUCCCCGGUGGCUGGACUUGACCGUAGUGGUGGCCGAGCGGCAGCCCGACCAGCUGGCAGUGUCUAUGCCAUUGGUCUCUAUGGAGGAACUGACCGAGCCCUUCUAUUAUCACCUGCGCAAGCUGCCCACCCAGGAGAGUCAAGCCCCACCUCCCAGGCCGCCCAAGCGGGGCAUUAGCCAGAAGAGCCAGAGCUGCAAGGAGAGAGAAGGGAAGCCCUCUCAGGUUAUCCAGCCACAGUCAGUGCUGCCCGAAUCCAAGGUGAAGACCUUGCCUGGGGUUAACCAGGAUAUCUCCAACCUGUACAAUCAGAUUACUAACUCCAAAAAGAACCUCAAGUGUUCUAAGCCUAAGAUCCAAGAUCCAGACGAUGAUGAACACGAUUAUGAAGAGAUCACGGACCAAUUUCAGAAAACCCUCUAGGAGCUGGGGAACCACGCUUUCCAUGGCUGCUUCUCAGGGACUCUGAGCCACCAGCCCACUAUUAUGAGCUGCAGCAGGCCCUGGACAAGAUCAUCCGGAUGUCAGACUGGAUUUGUGAUGAUUGGGGUGAACUGGGGCCAGUGCAGCACUAGCCCUUCAUGGGUUCCACUUCCUGCCACCCAUGUAG